AGCCUUUAGCCUAGUAAGAUUCGAUCCUGGAUUCUGGCGUUUUGUUUUAGAGGGUGGUACGCUUUUGCUACACAAGCAAAGUUUGAUGUCGUUGUCGUUUAUGUAGCUUUGUGUUGACACCACGACGCGUGGACUAAUAAAUCGUUCUCACGAUGGGGACCACAGCGGGAUACGCGCUGAAAAAAGUUUCUGUUUAUGUUUCAGCUGUGGCCAUGAUAUUGUUUGCGAUCGUGCAAAUAUCGCUAUUGAAACUCCUGUCAAUCUUUUCCCCGCGGCUGAUGAAGAAAAUCCAUCUAAAAAUGGGAGAGAAGUUUACGAUGACUCAAAAUCCCAAAUUCAAAUAUGAAGACUGGGGUCCAUCUUUCUUUUCUCCGGUGUUCAUUAAAACCGUGAUCUCAGUGAACUGGUGCUCGCUGGGCCUGGAAGCGUUUGAGGGGUACGCAGCUCCAGACACAGCUUUAUUCACUCUGGACGGAGAGAAAACGAGUAUUCAUCGUUUUCUUAAAGGUAACCGUCCACUGGUUCUGAGUUUUGGAAGUUGCACAUGACCCCCAUUUCUCUACAAACUUGAUGAGUUUAAACAGCUUGUCAAGGACUUUAGUAAUGUGGCAGAUUUCCUCGUUGUUUACCUUGCUGAGGCACAUGCAACUGAUGGUUGGGCCUUUGUAAACAAUGUCGACAUCAGUGUGCACAAAAACUUGGAGGAGAGACUGGCUGCGGCCCGAACCCUGGUCAAAGAAGACCCUCUCUGCCCUGUGGUUGUGGACGAGAUGACCAACAUCACUGCCAGCAAAUACGGAGCCCUGCCAGAGCGGCUCUAUGUCAUUCAGAGUGGGAAAGUUCUCUAUCAGGGUGGCAUCGGACCUUGGGGGUAUAACCCUGAAGAGGUUCGAAAAGUUCUGGACAAAAUUAAAUAAAGGCGGAAGAAGAGUUAUAUCCUUGACUGCAUUUAUAUAUUUGAAAUUCUGAAAUUUCUUUUCUGAAAAGUCCCCGUGUUUGCUUGUGACAGAUACAGAAUAAACCAGCUGGUCUCUGUAACUUGAAGUUUCAAACACAGGGGGAUGUAAAAUGUAAGAGACCGUAUCAUUAACAUAUUUUUUUAUGGAAUAUAUAACCUGUCUGUAUACCAAAACAUUUUGUUAAACAUUUGAUAUAUAUAUUUUCUACUUUAUUGCAAAUACUUGAUUAUCAUACCAGCAUUGUAUUCAAAGACCAUAUAAAUGCCUGUCAGCAGAGAUUGUAAAGGACAUCUGUGCUUUUCUAAUUGUUUUUAUGAACAUGUGACUGUAAAUGAUGCUUACAGGCUAAAACAGUGUGAACUGUAAACUGAUGAUUCAGUCGCUUGUUCUAAACACGAUUAAGGAGCAGUGUUUUCAACAACUAUUCAAAUAAAAAUAUAUAUCAUAUAA